AUGAGUUUCGUCACUCGCCGAGCGCUCUCGACGCUCAUCCCCCCCAAGGUUGCCUCGCCCAAGGCGAUUGGCGGUGCCCCAGAUGCUCUGCGAAUGCAGCGUGUCGUCAGUUUCUACGAGAAGCUCCCCCGAGGUGCCGCUCCGGAAAUAAAGGCCAAAGGCCUCCUCGGCCGAUAUCAGGCACGAUACUUUGGCAAGAAGACCUCUGUCCAGCCCAUCAUUCACGCGCUUGUGUUCCUGAUCGGAAUUGGUUAUGCUCAGAACUACUACUACCACCUGCGUGAGGAUCCCCGAUUUCCGCUGCGAUACAGUUGCACCGGAAUCACUGACGCGUCUCUUUCGAAUUAG